CCGUUGCCUGCAUCGAUGACGUUCAUUUUGCCAUGAUACGCAAGUGGCACGUCCAUUUCAACGUGGUAUGCAUUGAGAGCGUCCAUUCUGUCGUGCUGACAUAAAUAUUAAUAAAAUAAUAGAUUUCAAAUCUCUAAUUUUAAGUUCAAAUUUUAAUUUUUCAUAUUUUUACCUAUUUAAAUCAUUUGACAUGCUAAUUUUAAAUUUGUGUCACUGUAAUUGCAGAUAUAAUUUAUUACCGGAAACGGAAUUUCGAAAUUGAUUUUGAACUGUUUAGUUUCCAUGGUAAUGACCUAAAUAUAUUUCAUUUUCUAGCACCAUUAAAUUGCUGCCAAUUCCUGUUCCUGCAAUUUUAUUAUAAUUUUAAACCGCUGCAAAGAAUAAAACGCAUAAACAAUGUUUACAAAUAAAAAAUAUGGCAUGAAGAAGAAGAAACGCCAGCAAAAAGCUGAAUUCGUUUGUGUCGAACCAACGCUUCGCUCUGUAUACGAUAUUUUGCUAGAAAACAUGCAACUACUCCAAAGGAAUAUUUACGUGCAUCGCAUAAUCUACGUCGGAACACAUACAUUUUCGGAGACUGACGCUGAUAAUAUUGGUAAACACUUCCGGGCUAACAUCGAACAGGUCAAUGCGAUGUAUUGUGAAGAAUUCCUCACCGGUUUCCUUUUACAUUACACCCGCCAUUUUAUACACGUUUUAGAUGGAUCUGAAGAUAGUAUUAAAAAACAUUUGGAUCUUUUGUUUUCAACCAAAGAAACAAAAGAUCGCCUAGAAACUGUUAAAGUUCUUGUGGCUUAUCACAAUAUUAACCAGAGGUUUUUGUCGUCAUGGACCGAGUUAUUCGCACGACCUCCAAAACUCCUUAGAAGAAUCAAAUCUGACGUUGAUAUUGCGGAAGCAAAGAAUAAUAUAAUUAUGUGUAUUAAAAAGUUGUACAAACUUGCUUUCAAUCUGAAAGUUACUGAUGAAGACUCCUCUCAAACGGGAGAACUGCCAAGUUUCUCCAGUCACCAAAGGCGUACAUCUUAUUACACCGAUGAAGAAGCAACUGCACUUGCUUAUCCGCUAAUUAGCGACAAUAAAAUGAUGACUAAUUAUCGCAUGUCUUUGGCCUCGUCGCGCCACCAAAACGUCAUUCCAGAAUUACAAUUGAUAGAAUUUCUCGUCGAGACGCCGCACACGCUGGACAUGAAUGAGUACCGGAAGUGCUAUGGUUCUGUACCGUCCCUUUUCACUUACAUGGAUUUCGCAUGGCCAGUGGCAACUGAUUUUAUUCCUCGCAAUGUCUUCGAGGCGGAAUUUGAUCCUGUGAGUGAUGUACUGGGAGCGUGCAUUUCCGAACUGGAUAUGCCGAUGUAACAAAAAAUAACUAAGUAUCUAAUACCUGCAAUGCAAGAUGGCGCAGUUGACGUGCGAGGCAAUUAAUCUGUUUUAAAUGUUUAUAUUAUACACCCAUGAAAUUACAAA